AUGGACUACUUUGUAGAGCGUGGUUACCCUGUGGUGGCACUAUCGCUGAGGGGCACAGGAGGAACCUUUGCGGGCGAAGGAGUCAAGAAAGUCAAGAUUGACGAACAUGCAACUGAUAUCCAGGCUUUCCUCGGUCAAGUUGAUUCACUAUUAGCGACAAAGAAAGCUAAAGGCAGCGGCAAUUUGUCUCCAUUUUUGCUGCAAAUUAUGGAUGCCAUAAAUCCGUCAGAUUUCUCCUCCUCGAACGCAGAAACAAAACCAGUACUGAUAUCCCAUUCCUUUGGCGGUGCUGUAGUCAUGAAGUACAUGGAAAAGUAUCCUUCCGAAUUAAGCAAUCUUUCUGGUGCUAUCACUCUGUGUUCCGUUCCUCCCAGUGGAAAUGGACCCAUGACGAUACGAUUCCUGAGUCGGUCUCUUGUCCAAUCUUGGAAAAUUACUGCUGGAUUUGCGCUGAAACGAUGCGUCGAAAAUGCUGAAUUAUGCCGAGAUUUGUUCUUUGGUGGACCAAAGCAAAUAGUUCAAGAACUUAAGAGUGAUGGAAGUGUCGAGGCUAAGGUAGUGAAUGACUAUGGUGUAUCAGAUGAUGACAUUGCUCGGUUCCAAACCUAUUUCCAACGAGACACAGAAGCUACCAUUGAUGUUUCUGAUUUUGUCAAGAACGUGCCCUCAAAGCUCUGGGACAAAGAAUGUCGAGCUCCGUUUGUGGAUCAGCUCCCUCCAUGUCUAGUAGUGGGAGCAACUCGAGACUUUUUGGUCGACCGUGAAGGUGUGGACGAGACGGCGAAAUACUUUGGAGUCAAAACUACAAUGGUGGAGUCUCCUCAUGAUGUCAUGAUUGGAGAAUGCUGGCAAAAUGGUGCUGAUACGAUCUACGAAUGGUUACAAUCUAAUGGAUUAUAG